AUGGGAUAAUCAUCGAUCACAGUCAUUGAUCCAAAUUAAAAUUACAAUUACUCGAGAUAAAAUACUACUUAGGAAGUGGAAGAGUAAAUAAAGAGAGCCUUCAAACAAGCUUCCCCAUAAGGAAGAUUGACCAGAGACAAGUUUAAUGAAGCACUGGGAAUAUUUGAAAGUAUUCAACUGAAAAGGCUGAGAGACACUCCUUUGGCUGAUAGACUAUUUUAAUUAUUGGAUAGGGUAAGAUGUAAAUAUAGGUUGUAGGGUGAAGAAGGAUACAUAACAGAAAGAGAAUAUUUAGAAGGCAUUACAACAUUGAUUAAUAAUAAAGAUAAAAGGAUUACUUAUUCCUUUUAAAUGAUUGAUAAAAACAAGGAUAACAAGAUAGAUUUCUAAGAGUUUUACGAUUUUGUGAAGGACAGCUGGUUGAGUGCUUUUAGAUUAUUGGGGGAAAAGGUUUGUUCAGGACAGAAUCAAUAUCAAUUAACCUAAUCAAAAAUUAAUGCCUGGGCUUAAGGAUAAUUGAACAAACUCUACACCUAAGUUUAGGAGAUAUUCAUGAAGUUUGCUUAAUAGAGUAAUUCGAUGGACCCGCUAGUGUUUAAACAAUGGGUUUUAAGCAAUGAAUUUGGAUUUAUCAAGGCAGAAUUGGGUAAUGAAUCGGUUUAGAUUCCACUUCAUUUAUACAGGUUAGAAGAAAAGUGA